UGUGUCUUGCGGUUUCUUCCUAUAGGUGCAGGUCUUGGUUGUCGGGACGUCAGGUGCUGCGACGCCGCGGAUUUAGUUUUGGCACAGUGACGAUGCUAGUGUUGAUGUGUUUGCGCGUCGCAACGAGCGUUAGGGUUUACUUGAACCGUUCCGGCGUGGUUUCUGUUCGGCUUUUGCAGCGUGGUUUGUGAUGUAUGGAGUGGAAUACAUAAUCGACGAAAGACGUGUAAAAAUGGUGAGACCUGCAAGUGAAGAAGCCUUGGUUCAUGAUGAAGUCGUCACCGAUGAUGUUGAUACUGAUGUGGAAGAAUCAGAUUCGGAAGAUGAUUCAGGGGAAGAAGCCCAGGGCAAGCCUUCUGACAAAGCUAUAUACAACAAGGAGGUCAUUCUUGAGAAACUUGAGGACAUAGCCUGGCCAGAAAAUGUGAACUGGGUGCACAAGCUCACCAUUGAGCACGAUCAGGGGGAGAAAGUUGAUGUGAACGAUGAUCUUGCCCGCGAGCUUGCUUUCUACACCCAAGCAUUAGAUGGCACUAGGCAGGCCUUUGAGAAGCUGCAGUCGAUGAAGGUUCGGUUCCUCAGGCCAACAGACUACUACGCUGAGAUGGUCAAGACAGAUGCCCACAUGCAUAAGAUCAAGGGGAGGCUCUUGUCGGAGAAGAAGAAGAUUGAGGAGGCAGAGGAGAGGAAGAAGGCAAGAGAGUCUCGGAAGAGAGCAAAGGAGGUGCAGGCAGAGAAGAACAAGGAGAGGGCAAAGCAGAAGAAGGAGCAGAUUGAGUCGGUCAAGAAGUGGAGGAAACAGAGGCAACAGGGGGGAUUUGCCAAGGGAAAUGAUGAUGUGCCAGAUCUGAAUUUUGAGGGAGAAGAAGGAUUUAAGCAAUCAAAUAAGAAGAGGCCUGGUGUGUCUCCUGGUGAUAGGUCUGGUGGUCUUGCUAAGCGAGGUAAAGAAGGUAAGAACAGGAGAUCAAGAGAUUCCAAGUUUGGGCAUGGUGGUCGGAAAGGGCUGAAGAAGCAAAACACUGCUGAGACUACGAAUGAUUUCAGAGGCUUUAACCAGAUGGGCGAGUCUCAAAACAAGAAGAGAAAGAGAUUUUAAUGCGAUAUCGCAAGAAUUUGUGCCCAGUUCCUUUUGCCAAUAUUACUAUUCUGGUUGCAACAUUAUUUUGCUGUGGUAUGUUGUUACCAGAAGCAAAUAUUAGCUAAGGUAAUAGUCUAGUGAAGUAGUUCAAACACAAGACUUCAAUGUUUUACUUAUAUCUGGUGAUGGUCCUUUUUAUUAUCGAAUGCAGAUGAAUCUUGCCAACU